AGAAAGAAAAAAACUAGAACCGUGUUCUCUAGGAGUCAAGUUUUCCAACUGGAAUCCACUUUUGACGUGAAAAGGUACCUAAGUUCUUCUGAGAGGGCCGGUCUGGCAUCUUCACUGCAUCUGACCGAGACACAAGUCAAAAUUUGGUUUCAAAAUCGCCGCAAUAAAUGGAAGCGACAACUAGCAGCCGAGUUAGAAGCU